AUGCAACCCAAUCGACCACGACCCUCCCCCAUUGCCAUUGUCGGUAUGGCCGCCAGACUCCCCGGUGGGGUGAACUCCCUAUCGAAGUUCUGGGAGUUCUUGAUGGAAAAGAAAAACGGCGUCUGUGAGGUACCUGGCACCCGCUACAAUAUUGACGGCUUCUAUCACGAAAGCCUGCCGCACUCAGUCCGGUCGCGCCAGGGAUACUUCCUGGAUGAAGAUUUGGCGAUGGCGGACCCAUCCUUCUUACCAGUGUUCGAGCAUGAAUCUAGCCGUGAGCCCGGUAAUAUCGAUCCGCAGCAGCGUCUGUUGCUGGAGGUAGCCUGGGAGUGUCUGGAGAACGCAGGGCAGUCCCACAACUAUCGAGGUAGGAACAUAGGCUGCUACACAGGCACGUUCGGAGGCGACUGGGCGGAGUUAGCUAGUAAGGACCACCAGCAGGAAAACCGCCUCUACGUGUCGACAACGGGGGACUUUUCACUGUCAAGCUGGCUGUCAUGGAAUUUGGAUCUUCGAGGACCAACGAUGACGAUUGAAACUGGCUGUUCGUCGGCCAUGGCAGGCGUUCAUGAGGCUUGCCUCUCACUGCAGGCGGGGGACUGCGAGGCCGCGAUUGUCGCCGGUACCAGUCUAAUCUUUUCCCCCACGUUGCAAAGCCACGUUCAAGACGCAGGAGCCAUUUCCACGUCUGGUAUUUGUAGGACAUUCGACGCCGCAGCCGAUGGGUACGGACGUGGAGAAGCGCUCAAUGCCAUUUUGAUAAAGCGACUCGACGACGCUAUCGCAGACCGGGACUGCAUCCGUGCAGUUAUUCGCGCCUCCGCUAUCAACAAUGACGGGAGAACGCCGCACAUAUCGGCUCCAUCUGUCGAGGGGCAAGAGCAGCUGAUCCGUAAAACGUACGCAAAGGCCGGGAUUGAGGACGUGGAUCGCACGGCGUUUUUCGAAUGCCACGGGACUGGCACAGUAGCCGGUGAUACUACCGAGGCGGCGGCCGUUGCUCGGGUGUUUCGCCGUGGUAUGUAUCUCGGAUCGAUCAAGCCUAACUUCGGCCAUUCCGAAGGCGCCUCGGGCAUCACUAGUAUAAUCAAAGUGGCACUGGCUCUGGAAAACAAGACAAUCCCACCCAACGUGCAUUUUUGCACUCCAAACCCCAAGAUUCCCUUCCAGAAAGCGAACCUUGUGGUCCCAGUAGAAGCCACUCCUUGGCCAGUUGGGAAGGAUGAGAGGGCCAGCGUGAAUAACUUUGGCCUAGGGGGCACCAAUGUGCACAUGAUUAUGGAGUCAACGGCUUCGGUGCAGCUACCAAAUAAGCCCGAGAUCAGUUUACGAUCACGCCUAGUGGUGUGCUCUGCCAGAAGCCAAGAAUCUCUGGAAAAACGAAUCGAUGACAUCGUCCAAUAUAUGCGCAGAUUUCCCACUCGCCUGCAUGACAUCGCGUAUACGCUUGGGAUGCGACGAGGACAUAUGGCCCACCGCGCGUUCGCGGUAUCCGAUGGGAAGAUCAUCGAAUCAGCAGAUAUGAAACGAAUCGACUGUUACCAUCCACCAACACUCGUCUUUGUUUUCACAGGACAAGGCGCCCAAUGGGCAGGCAUGGGCAAGGGUUUGUGGGAUACGUUUCCUGUCUUUAGAGAAAGCCUGGCGAGGAUGGAUGGGGUUUUGCAAAGCCUUCCAGACCCCCCUGUCUGGACCCUGCAAGACGAGUUGCUCUGUACAAAGAGUUUGGCGCGGAUCAAUGAUGCCGCGCUAAGCCAGCCGCUGUGUUGCGCUCUGCAGAUUGGCCUCGUUGAUCUCCUGGCGUUAUGGGGCAUUGCCCCUGCUAUCGUGGUGGGCCAUUCGAGUGGUGAGAUUGCUGGGGCCUAUGCGUCCGGCGCCUUAACUGCAGCCGCGGCUAUCGUCAAUGCCUACUACCGCGGCCAGGUUAUUCAUACGAGCGCUCGCCACGGCUCCAUGUUAGCAGUCGGUUUAAACCGCCAUGAAGUCAUCCCAUAUCUCCAGGGAGACGUGGUAAUUGGGUGUGAAAAUAGUCAGAACAGCGUGACACUGUCCGGUGACCACGAGAGCAUCACUGAAACCAUGAGUGUGAUCCAGAAAAGCCAUCCAGAUAUCCUCUGUCGGCAACUGCGCGUAGAGAAGGCGUAUCAUUCACCGCACAUGCAAGAGGUUUCUGGUCUGUAUGAAAAGAAGAUAGCUCCUUGGUUGCCUGAACAGACUCCAAUGAUCCCAAUGUCCUCAACGGUCACUGGAGCUAUUCUCACGGACCCAGAGCUCCUCAACAGUCGAUAUUGGCGCCAGAACCUAGACUCCCCAGUCCUCUUCUCCUCAGCAGUACAAAGCCUUCUUGAUGACGGCCCAGGACGCCGCAUAUUCCUCGAAAUCGGCCCACAUGCGACGCUUUCUGGCCCGUUGAGACAGAUACUAGCCAGUCACAAGAACGGAACGGAAUAUGUCUAUGUUCCCAGCCUCAUAAGACCUGACGAUCCGGUUAAAGCAAUGCUCGACGCUGCUGGAACCCUUCAUAUCUAUGGAUUCGACCGAAUUGACUUCGAGGCCAUCAACGGGCCCGGGAGCCUGUUGGCGGAUCUCCCGCCAUAUCCCUGGAUACGGUCACGGCGGCUAUGGAAUGAGAGCCGUCCUGUCCAGGCAUGGAGGCUUCGGAGCGUGCCAUUCCACGAGCUCCUCGGAGCUCGAACCCUGGAGUCAGUCAACAUCGAGCCGUGCUGGCGGAAUAUGCUCUCCCUGGUCAACGUCCCCUGGCUGGAAGACCACAAGAUCCGAGGGAGGAUCUUGUUUCCCGGGGCGUGUUACGUAGCAAUGGCUGGGGUGGCCGUGCAGCAAACGACGUCGUGCGAAAACUACCAAAUCCGUCAGCUAAAUUUCAAGACGGCUCUCUUCAUUGAGAACGACGAACCCGUUGAGCUCAUCACCAGUAUGAGACCCGUAAGAAUUUCAGACCAUGCCGAGUCUGAAUGGUUCGAGUUCUCUAUCACGUCAGUAAUGGGGAAGAGUGAGACCAAGCACUGCACGGGUCAAGUGCGCUCCGUGGGUAGCAUCUCGGAGGUCUCGUCAGCAUCGUCCAGCGUUUCGGGAUACCCGCGGCGGGUGGCUUCGAAGUCUUGGUAUCGGGCCCUGCGCCGGGCAGGCCUUGACUUCGGGUUACGUUUUCGAGGAUUAAAGAAUAUCACAGCGGAUCCAACCUCGUGUCGAGCCACCGCGAUGGUUCGAACCACCGACACGGUGUCGGUCAGCCCAUAUAUCGUCCAUCCCAUCAUCAUCGACCAGUGCCUGCAGCUAUUAAGCGUCGCCAUGUGCCGGGGGCUGGCACGUAAUCUGACCACGCGGUGUAUCCCAGCACUCCUCGAGAACCUUUAUGUUGGACCGGUCUCGAGCGCAGAGGCACGCAUCCAUGCGUCAACUAUGGCCCGUGAAGGCAACUUCAUCCCGGGCAGCAUGGAGGCCGCAACUUCGGAAGGCGUGUUUCUGUCGCUCACGGGCGCCGUCCUAUACGCCCUUGACGACAAUCCCCCGGGUGCACCCGAAUCUAUUGUAGCCCGCACAGUCUGGAGACCAGCACCGGAGUUCCUCCCCAGCGAGAUCCAACCGCAGUCAUGUGCGGUAACAGACGUCGAGUUCGAGGCGGUGCAGAACCUGACCUUCCUCUACGCCGCUGAGACCUAUGCUGUAAUUGCAGAUAUCGACAUCCAGGACAGACCCCAGCACCUUCACAAGUAUAGGAAUCUCCUCCGUUCCAUGUCAGACGAGGCGGAUGAUCGGCUCCGGACCCUCUCAGAGCUAUGCACGCGCGAAAACAUCGCGGUGCCACCCGGCACAUUCGCCGAUCGGAAAUCAUGCCUGGCCGCGACAAGCAAUUGGCGCCAAGAUGGUCAGCAUACGUACGCGAACAUUGUCUUCAGCGCCCACGCGGUUCAGCAGACCUGCGUUGAGAUUUUUGAAGGUCGACGAGAUCCCCUUCAAUGGCUGGUAGAGGACGACAUCCUUCCGAGCAUAUAUCGAACGAUCAGCCAGUUCGACCCGGCGACAGAGAGUUUUCUGCAACGGCUAGGCCACUCUAAGCCAGGCCUACGAGUUUUGGAAGUGGGAUCCGGUACAGGGGCGCUGACAGAACCUGUAUUGCGCAGCCUGCAGACGCCCAUAGGAGUCCCUCUAUACUCCGAGUACACCUUCACAGAUAUUUCCGCCGCGUUCUUUGGUCCGGCCCAAGAGAGGUUCAGCGCAUCCAGUGCCAUGAAAUAUGCUGUUCUUGACAUUACCAAAGACCCAGCGCAGUUGGGGUUUGAGUUAGGGGCCUACGAUCUGGUGAUAGCCGGUAAUGUACUCCACGGAACUCCCAGCCUGAACCAAGCCUUGCAGAAUAUUCGAGCACUCCUAACGCCCGGGGGAUUGCUCAUGUUGCAAGAGAUCUGUGAACGAUCUCCGCUGGCGGAAUAUGUCUGCGGAUCCUUACCCGGUUGGUGGGUUGGCGAGAACGACGGCCGACACGACCGGCCUUAUGUCGGUGUAGAUCACUGGCAAGACGAGUUCGACACCGCGGGCUUCUCAAAGUUAAAGUUUAUUUCCCAUAGCCUCUCUGGUCAGAUCGCCACUAUGAUCACCCAGUGUCCAUCAGCUGUCGAACCCUCAAAGUCGAUCAGCAUGCUGGCAUCAUCCUCGCGUCCGGCUCCAUGGAAGAUGGCCAUUGAGCGGGCUUUCGCCGCUGAGGGGUGCAAGGCCACCUGGUACAACCAGAACUGGCUGCCCCCGACGAAGGAGGAUGUCAUCUGCCUUCUGGAUGCCGAGGGCCCAUUCAUCCACGACAUGACUGAAGACCGCUUUUUGACCCUGAAACGAUUCUUCCUCGGCCGAGCAGAGGCCAUUACGCUCUGGGUGACCGCCCCCGCCCAAAUCCACUGCCAGGAUCCACGAUAUGGCGCGAUCCAUGGGUUUCUCCGAUCGGUUCGCGUCGAGCUGGGCAAGAGCUUCCUGACCAUGUUCGAGGUCGAUCUCCAGGAUGAGAGCGCCCCCGGCCACAUAUAUCAGGUUUAUCGAGACCUCUGCUCUCAACGGGAGCGUCGACGAGGUAAUCUCGAGACUGAGUAUGCCGUUUAUGAUGGCGUAAUCCAUGUCCCCAGGAUUUAUCCUGUUGAUCUCAUGGCGGAACUCCCUCAUCGGCCGGUCGAUGCCCACACACCCAAGCAGCUCGCUUUGGGACAGAUUGGAGUGCUAAGUUCUUUCUACUGGACUCCCAAGGAUCCCACCUCACCUAGUCCCACAGACGUAGUCGUGGAGGUCAAGUUUAUCGGCCUAAACUUCAGGGAUGUGGCAGUGGCUCAUGGCAUCCUCGGUGCUCCACACGAGAUCGGUUUAGAAGGAUCGGGGAUCAUAAUCCAAGUCGGGAGCGAGGUGUCUAAUUUCCAGGUCGGACAACGGGUCGCGUUUCUAGCACCAGGCUGUGGCGGCACCGUGAUUACCGUUCCAGCCAGUUCUCUCCUGAGGAUCCCAGAGAGUUGGUCUCUGGAAGACGGGGCAACGGUGCCAGCCGUCUAUUCUACUGUGGUCUACUGCUUGGAUUUUGUUGGGAAGCUGAAAGCCGGACAGCAGUCAGUUCUCAUCCACUCGGCCUGCGGAGGUGUCGGCUUGGCUGCGAUUCAGCUCUGCCGGUUACGAGGAGCAGAGGUGUAUGCGACGGUAGGGAACGCCGACAAGGUAGAGUACCUGGUCAACACCUACCAGAUCCCACGCUCGCGCAUCUUCUAUUCUCGUGAUGCGUCGUUCUACGCGGGGCUCAUGCGUGAGAUCAACCACCGCGGGGUGGACAUCGUCCUCAACUCGCUCUCCGGGGAGUUGCUCCAUGUAUCGUGGAACUGCGUUGCGAAACAAGGGACCAUGAUCGAGAUCGGCAAGCGAGACAUUCUCUCCCAUGGAAUGCUGCCUUUGAGUCCGUUCCAGCACGGACGGUCUUUUGUGGUAGUAGACCUCUUCUCCGUGGGGUCCACGUUAGGCCAUCAAUUGUUGGAAGACAACGUGCAAAGGUACAUGGAUGCGGGAGACAUCGCCCCUAUUCGCCAGGCGAGCUGUUUCCCGGCGUGUGAAGUUGGUGCCGCAAUCAAAUGCAUGCAGACGGGGCAUCAUAUCGGUAAGAUCCUCGUCCGAAUGCCUCAUCAGUCCGAUCUGUCCAGCCUGGACGUGAAGCCAUGCCCCCUGCCCAUGACGUUUUCUCCCGAACAUAGCUAUUUCCUCUCCGGUGGCCUUGGAGGCGUGGGACGGGCCAUCUCCACCUGGAUGGUGGAACAAGGUGCCCGGUAUUUCACGUAUCUCUCACCGCAUGCCGGGCAGACCGUCGAGCACCGGGCCUUCCUGGCUGAGCUGGCAGCCCAGGGCUGCCAGGCCGUGGCGGUGGUGGGUCAGGCGGAGAACAUGCAAGAUGUCCAAACUGCGAUCGCCCAGAGUGCCCGCCCGGUGCGGGGGGUGAUCCAGUUGGCCUUGGACUUGAAGGACUCCGGUCUACAGGACAUGGCUUUCCCGGACUGGCAUGCCGCCUAUGCACCCAAGGCGAAAGGGGCGUGGAAUCUCCACCAGGCCUUGGAGAAAACGGCGCUGGAUUUCUUCGUGCUCUGCGGGUCUCUGGUUGGCGCGGCAGGAAAUCGCAGACAGUCCAACUACGCAGCGGCCAACACGUUCAUGACGGCUCUAUGCCUACACCGCCAGUCUUUGGGGCAGCCCGCGGGGAUCGUGGACCUCGGCGGGGUGGAGGACGUGGGGUACCUCGCCGACAACCCCCAAAUCAUGCAGUAUUUCGAGGCGCAGGGGUUCAAGCUACUCCGGGAGCACGACGUGAUCUUGGGUCUGCGAUCCCAGCUGCAGCCCUGCACCAUGUCCCAGCCCUCGCAGUCCGUGAUCGCCCGUCACCAGCUGCUUGUCGGGCUGAUGUCACCCAAGAAAUCACUCGAGGACUACGACGAUCCCCGUUUCCACAUCCUGAGUAACAUGCCCACUGACGACAACGAGCCCAACCGGGGUCAGCUGGACGACGCUAGGAUCAGCCAAUUUCUCCUCCAGGUGGACGCGGAUCCGAGCCUGCUGGAGCAGCCAUCCACGGAGGAAUUCCUCGUUGUCCAGCUCGGCUCCAAGAUGAGCCCGACCAAGGCGGAAAACCUGGUCGCGCUGGGGCAACUACCGAUCGACUCGCUCGCGGCGGUCGAGAUGCGCGCCUGGGCCCGGCGCCGGCUGGGCGUGGACGUUUCCCCCGCGGAGAUCGCCGCCGCCGAAACGGUGCAUGGCUUCGCCCUGUUGGCCAUCCGCGCUCUCCGCGCGCGUCACAAUCAAAUCGCGGACUCGUCGUAG